AUGGCAUCCAGCGCAGUCACCUCGAAACUCGGCCAACUAGAGGCAACAGCAUCAACCCAACAACGUACAGAGGAGUACGCCGGCGUCCUUCAAAGCAUCAUCUCAGAACCCUCGAACCAAGCCGAGAACCUCGUCGCUUUUGUGCAAUCAAUUACUUCCGACAGUGUCGGCGUCAUCAACUCUCGACCUCUGCUAUCUUUGUUUGUCGAGCGCUUCCGUGACCUUGCCGACAACGAUGUCAAGAUCGAGGCUGGCUCGCAGAUCGUGCAAUUACUCGCUCCCAAAGUGAUCUCAUUCGAGCAACAAGACACCGAGCUGAAGUUCAUCCUGGCCGAUGCCUACGAAAAAGACGAGGACUUCAGCAACUCGGCCAAGACUCUCCAAGGCGUCACACUCGAAUCGUCGACACGGACUGUGACCGAUGAUGAGAAGGCCAAGGUUUGGAUGCGUAUCUGCCGAUGCUAUCUGGAAGAAGACGAUCCUACAAACGCCCUCACGUACCUCAACAAGAUCAAGCAGAUCUACUACACCGUCACCGACCACACCACUCGACUUCAGUUCCAGCUAUCGCAAGCACGUAUCAGCGACUCUCAACGUAGCUUCCUGGAAGCUUCUGCGACGUACCUGGCGCUCUCCCACGAGACUGUCAUCGACGAAGAGGAGCGUUUGCAGGCGCUCUCUGCCGCCAUCACUUGUGCUGUCCUGGCACCUGCCGGCCCGCAGCGUGGCAAGCAGCUCGCGAAGCUGUACAAGGACGAGCGGUGCGUCGACACGCCCGAAUUCAGCAUCCUAGAGAAGAUCUUCUUGGAUCGCCUGCUCUCUCCCUCAGAAGUGGCAAACUUCGCCUCUGGUCUGAAGGAGCACCAGCUCGCCAAGACUUCCGAUGGCAGCACCGUUCUCGACAAAGCCGUCCUCGAACACAACCUCCUCGCCGUCUCUCGCAUCUACGCCAACAUCACCUUCCAGAACCUCGGCGCUCUUCUGGGUGUCGAGCCCGACAAAGCUGAGAUGUACGCCUCGACCAUGGUGGAGAGCAAGCGUCUUUCUGGAUCGAUCGACCAGAUUGCUGGCAUUAUCCACUUCAAUACGAAGGAAGGUGGCCACAGCAAUGUGAUGGUGGAUUUGCGGGCAUGGGAUGUGAAUGUCCAAGGUCUGGCUGAGGAGGUAGAGAAGGUGACGACGAUUCUGCAACGUGAGGAGCCGGCUUGGUUUGAGCAGCAUGUUUCCGCAUAG